UGAUAAGCAAUAGGGCCGUUCAAGGAUGCUGCUCACGUUUUUAUCAAUAAUUUCAAUUCCCACGCGAAUAAAUAAUUACUUUUAUUCUAAAUACUAAAAAAAUAUUUUAUAAUUUUUUUUAAUUAUGUGUUUAAAAUAAAUUAAGUGUUUUCUCUGUUUGAUAAACGCUCGUGAAGAUGAUCGCUAUGAUGUCGUCAUUGCUGAAGCGAGCAGUGUCGCUACCAUAUAACUCAACACUUGCCGUUGUUCAAACAUCAAUUCUGAACAAUCGUCCUACAUUUUUGAAAGAAUGUGCUAAAUGUUAUAGUAGCUCACUAACGCCGUCCUCAAAGUUACUACAGUAUCAACCAGUUUGUAUACAACAAAUCCGUCAAGAGAGUUUUUUCAAGAAACAUACUGCUGAACACAUUUGGAAAAGUGUAACUAGCGUUAGUAAUGCUGGUAAAAAACGAGGUCGUGGAAAAGGUGCUGGUAAAAGAAGAGCGAAAAAUCUAAACAGGGGACAAAUUAUUGGUGUUGGCGUUGAUAAUAUUAUUUGGCCGGGUCUCAAUGCUCCAAUCAUAAAAGGACGAGAUUUGUUGAAAAGAACUCAAUUGCCUCCAGAUCCUGAUAGAGAAGCUCGUCUUAUUAAGCUUAGAGAUGCAAUGGGUAAAUUCAAACCACUUAGACUUUUGCCAACUGAACGAGGUUGGUCUGGCAGUAAGAUGCCUGGUCGUAGUAUUGGUGCACCUGAUCCUAUAAAUGAAUAUCAAUUUGAGGGUUUUGAUACAAAAGUAUUAGAAUUUAAAACUGUUUUCUGUAUGAAAGCAAACGCUGGCCGUUAUAGAAGAAUAAGUGUAGUUGCUGUUACUGGAAAUGGAAAUGGUCUUGCUGGUUUUGCAAUGGGUAAAGCAGCUGAUAGUAGAGCUGCUCUAAAACGUGCUAAAAACAGAGCAGGACAAAAGCUUAUGUACAUUGAACGCUACAACAACCACACUGUAUAUCAUGAUUUUUUCACUCAAUUUUGCAACACACGAAUUUUUGUUGAAAAAAGACCUGAAGGUUAUGGUUUGGUGUGCCAUCGUGCUAUAAAAACAAUUUGUGAAAUGAUUGGCAUUAAAGACUUGUAUGCUAAAGUAGAAGGCUCUACUAACAUACAAAAUUUAAUGAAGGCUUUCUUUUUAGGAUUGCUUCGUCAAAAAACUCAUCAACAAUUGGCAGAUGAAACAAAAUAUCAUCUUGUUGAAUUUAGAGAAGAAAACGAUUUUCUCCCGGUUGUUGUGGCUUCUCCCAGAGGAGAAGUGAAAGAAGACUCAAGAGAAGCCCCUGAUUUUUUACAAUAUGUUAUGGAUAACAAAGUGAAAUUAAGAAGAAAGAAAUUUCCACCGUUCUAUACCAAAAAAAGUCAUUGGUAUAUUAAGUUAAAGAAAAUGGAAACGAUCAGGAAUAUGGACAAGGCAAAAAUGAACUUGAUAGCCGAAUAUGGUGAAAUUAAGAGCUUUUUAACUGAUAAAUAUCCCGAGUGUAAGCCAAUGCAAAAAGGUGAGUUUAAAAAGAAAUCGGAAGAGUCUGAUAAUUAAUAUAAUUUUUAGAUGUAUAAAUAUUAAAAUAAUUGAUUAAAGAUUUGUUUUGUUAUAUA